ACUGUGGGUGGAAAGGAAAUUUCACUAAUUUACCCCAACACUAUAUAAAGAGCCAGAGGUUUGCCACUAAAUAGUAAAUUAUUAUUAUUGAAUAUUACUUAAGGUAUUGUUCAAUUAAUUUGUUAGUUAUUAAACUAGUAUAGUUGUAAAUAUUUUUUUUUGCUUUUUUGCUAAUUUGAAUUAAUUGCAAAAAUGUCUUCCAGUACUUUCUAUGCUGAUUCUGAAGCUCCAAUUGUGAUAUUAUCAGCUAAGAAACAUUUUGAUGAAUUAACUACUAAUAAUGCAAAAUUAUAUGCUCAUUAUCUUUCAAGAGCAAGUCAUUGGGGUACAAGAGCCGUUUUAAGAUCAGUUUCACCUGAAAGUGAAAAUAUUUAUGAUUUAAUAUUAAAAAUUCAUAAUGUAUUAGGUGAACCAAAAACUAAUGAAGAAUAUGAAGAAAUUAUUGGUAAAAAAUUACCAAAUAGUAAAAUUCUUGUAACUCAAUAUCUUGAGUAUGCAUCUCAAUUUUUAGGUAAUCUUGGAAAUUAUAAAUCUUUUGGUGAUAAAAAAUUUAUUCCAUUAGCUCCAGUUGAAGGUUUUGAUAAAUUAAUUGAAAUUAUUAAUGAUGAAACAGUUUCAAGUUUAUAUAAAAGUGUUCGUGAAGCUAUUUUCAGUAUUGAUAAAGGUUUAUUAGGUUGGCCAGAAAAUGGUCAUGUAUCUGGUUAUUAUCCUGGAUCAAUUGAUAUUACUAAAUCUGAAGCAACUGAUGUUAAUGAAGCUUUAGCUGAUAAGGGAAUUAUGCCAGAAAAUACCAGAAUUGAAAAGAAGAGUGAUAAAAAAUUUAUUGUUCAUGUAGCUAGUGCAGAAGUUGCUAAUGAAACUGGUUAUUAUCCAAAGGAUAUCUUUACUACUAAAAAUGGUAAUGAAGUUAGUUUCCAAUUUGGUGAUCACAAUAAAGAAUUUAAAAAAAUUGUAGAAAAUUUAGAGGAAGCUUUAAAAUAUGUUGCUAAUGAAACUCAAGAAACUUAUAUUAAAUAUUAUAUUGAAUCAUUUAAAACUGGUUCAAUGAAUGCUCAUAAGAAAUCUCAAAUUGCUUGGGUUAAAGAUUUAAAACCUGAAGUUGAAUCUAAUAUUGGAUUUAUUGAAACCUAUAGAGAUCCUCUUGGAGUUAGAGGUGAAUGGGAAGGUUUAGUUGCUAUGGUAAAUCAUGAUAGAACUGCUAAAUUUUCUACUUUAGUUAAUAGUGCAUCAGAUUUAAUUGUUCAUUUACCUUGGGAUAAAGUAUAUGAAAAGGAUACUUUUACUCCACCAGAUUUUACUUCUUUAGAAGUUCUUACAUUUGCUGGUUCAGGAGUUCCUGCAGGUAUUAAUAUUCCAAAUUAUGAUGAUGUUAGAUUAAAUUAUGGUUUUAAGAAUGUUUCUUUAGGUAAUGUACUUUCUGCUAAUCCAAAGAAUCCAAAGAAAGAAGAAGUUAUUACUUUUGUUAAUUCAUCAAUUCAAGAAAAAUUCCGUAAAUGGAGAGAUGAUUCAUUUGAAGUUCAAGUUGGUUUACAUGAAUUAUUAGGUCAUGGAACUGGUAAAUUAUUACAAGAAACUUCUCCUGGAGUAUUUAAUUUUGAUAAAGAAAAGACUCCAGUUAAGACUUGGUAUAAAUCUACUGAUACUUGGUCUUCACUUUUUGGUACAACAUCUGGAUCUUUUGAAGAAUGUAGAGCAGAAUUAGUUGCUUUAUACCUUAUUCUUAAAAAACCAUUAGAUGUAUUACCAAUUUUUGGUAUUAAAGAUUCAAUUGAUCAAGCAGAUGUUAAAUUAAUUGCUACACUUUUAAUGGCAAGAGCUGGUAUUUUAGGAUUAGAAUUUUGGGAUCCAAAGGCUAAAAAAUGGGGUCAACCACAUAUGCAAGCUAGAUUUGCUAUAUUUAAAGUAUUAAAUAAAGCAGGAGUGGUUAAUCUUAAAUAUGAAGAUAAAGUUAAGUAUGAUGAUUUAGAAAUUGAAGUUGAUGAAACUAAAUUAGAUAAAGAAGCUGUUGAAGCAUUAGGAGAUUUCUUACAUCAUUUACAUGUUUAUAAGAGUACUGCUAAUGUUACUGAAGGUCUUGCUUAUUAUCUUGAUAAGACUGAAGUUAGUGAAGAUUAUGCUAAAUUCAGAGAUAUUGUUCUUGAUAAAAAGAGACCUCGUAAACAAUUGAUUCAAGCCAAUACUAUUAUAGUUAAAGAUAAUACUGUUGAAGUUAAGGAAUAUGAAGAAUCCGAAGUAGGAAUGAUUCAAAGUUAUGCUGACAGAUUAGUAUAG